UUGGGAACCACUGCUCUAAACCAAUAGUAUGAGGAGAAGGUGCGUCCCUGCAUCGACCUCAUCGACUCUCUUCGCUCUCUGUGUGUAGAGGAGGACUUGGCUCUGCCUACUAUCGCCGUCAUUGGAGACCAAAGCUCGGGGAAGAGCUCCGUGCUGGAGUCGCUGUCCAGGGUGGCUCUGUCAAGAGGAAGUGGCAUUGUGACAAGAUGUCCACUCGAACUGAAGAUGAAGAGAACGAAAGAAGGAGAGGGGUGGUACGGGAAGAUAAGCUACCAGGACUUUGAGGAAGAGCUAAAAGACCUUGCAGGUGUGGAGAAGAAGAUUAGAGAAGCUCAGAAUAAAAUAGCCGUCAGUCAUGAACUCAUCAGUCUGGAGAUCGCCUCUCCUGAUGUUCCCGACCUGACGCUCAUUGACCUGCCCGGCAUCACCAGGGUGGCUGUGAACGGACAAAAAGGAAACAUUGAAAAUCAGAUAAAGAGCCUGAUCCAGAAUUUCAUCAAAAGACAAGAAACCAUCAUCUUGGUGGUUGUCCCCUGCAAUGUGGACAUCGCAACCACAGAAGCUUUAAGUAAGUUGGCCCAGGAGGUGGAUUCUGAAGGAGAGAGGACUCUGGGGAUCAUGACCAAGGUGGACCUGGUGGACAAAGGCACAGAGGAUUCAGUAGUUCAAAUUGUCCACAAUGAGAUUUUCCCCCUGAAGAAAGGCAACAUGAUCGUCAAGUGCCGGGGUCAGAAGGAGAUCAAAGACAAAGUGUCUCUUACUGAAGCGCUAGAAAGAGAGGAAGCCUUCUUCAGCGAACAUGCCUAUUUCAAGACUCUCUACGAUGAAGGCCAUGCCACUGUUCCUAAACUGGCGGAGAAACUCACUCUUGAGCUGGUGCAUCAUAUCAAGAGAUCUCUGCCUCGACUGGAAGAACAGAUAGAGAAGAAACUAAAGACUACUCGCAAAUCUGGCCAUGGACCCCCACCAGACGCAAUGGAGAGAAUUGGUUAUCUCAUUGAUGUGAUGACAGCAUUUACACAGGAUGCCAUCAGUCUCGCCACAGGGAUGGAACUCAAAUUUGGAGGCAGGCCAAACAUCUUUUCCAUUCUCAGGAAAGAGUUUGCUGCAUGGAAAGUUGUCAUAGAGGACUCUGGAGUAAACUGUCUGAAUGACCUCUCCUCGACUGGGUAUCCUUUCCCUCCCCCGGGGUACAACCCUGGCAUUCCGGCUGGCCCACCUCAACCACCUCCACCGCCACUACAAGCCCCAGCCAUGCAGUCCGUCAACUCCAAGCUCGCCACCCCCAUCAGCCCCAAACACGUAUUGUUAAUUGUUUUGAGGAUGGCUUUUAAACAUUGUGUUAUAUCUACUUGUUUCUUCUCCAAACUAAAGAUUGCUGGCCAGCGUUUGGCUGACCAGAUCCCGCUGGUGAUCCGCUACCAUGUGAUGCAGGAGUCUGCCCUCCAGCUGUGCAGGGAGAUGGCGCAGAUGCUUCAGGACAAGGAGAAAACUGAGUGCUUGCUUCAAGAGGACUUUUCAAUAGAAACAAAGAGAAGACAACUUCAGAAUAGCCUCAAGCGCAUGUCAGGAGCCCGUGUUCUGUUGAAUGACUUCAGCAUGAACAUAUACAACUUCAACACAGCCCAAGUAAAGCGCAAACCUUAAAAUCAGAUUCCUGAUGGAAGAAGUUGGUUGGGUUUUCACAUUCAUCACAUUUAUUUUCUUUUGCAGAUUUGUGAUAUUAUUAGCAAAUAAAAUAAAGAGUGGCUAUUGAUAAGUGA